CCAUCAGCCUCGCACAGCCGGACUGGGAGCAGCUCCAUGGGAUGGGAUCUGGGAGCCCUGCGAGCUGGCCUCAGUCCCUUGGACCCUGCUGCUGGGAAAAGCACCGUGCAGCCAGCUCAGCGGUACUGCCGAGCUGCUCCAAGCUGGCUGGCUGCGUUCAACGGUCAGUUUUGAAGGUUUUGUCUUUGUGUUCCCAUUAGACACAUCAGUGCAUUCUGAACUGCCGGAAUUUUUGCAGCACAUCAUUCCCACCUUCCCAGGAGUGUUUCUAAUUGCCGUGAAGGACUUCAGCCAGUACUGCAUAUUUAUCCUCACCCUCAGGAUUUCGGACACUUCUAACAGACUGAUAACCAUGGGACAGUGAUGGCACAGACACAGCAGGAUUUUAACGGUGGGAAGAUGCUGAUGGACAAAAAUGAAUCUUGGUUCUCUAAUUUCUCCUCUGCUGACUCCUCCUUUGUGAAAGGAGGUGGCAGCUGGGCAGGGAUCAGCCUCCAUGAGGUGGUCAUUGGGCUGAUACUAACCCUCAUUGACUUGAUCACGCUCCUGGGAAAUACAGUAGUCUUCAUCUGCCCGGUGGUGGAAAAGAGGCUGCGCACCGUCACCUAUAUGUUUAUCAUGUCCUUAGCCAUGGCAGACUUCCUUGUAGCCUGUCUGGUCAUGCCCUUUAGUAUCAUUUACGAGGUGACGGGGAUGUGGUUGUUCGGGAAGCUGUUCUGCAAAGUCUGGAUCUCUUUUGACGUCAUGUUCUGCACCGCAUCCAUUGUCACGUUGUGCUUCAUUAGCCUGGACAGAUACUGCUCCGUGGUGACCCCGAACCACUAUUCAAGAAGGAUGUCCCGUGGCAGAUGCAUCGUGAUGACCUGCAUGGUCUGGGUAUAUUCCUCCCUCAUUUCCUUCCUUCCCGUCAUGCAAGGCUGGAACGAGAUCCCCGGGGUGGACUUUGAUGCAGGCAGAGAAUGCAUCUUUGUCACCAACUGGAUUUUUGCCAUUGUGGCUUCUGCUCUGGCCUUUUUUGUCCCCUUCAUGGUCAUGUGCAGCAUGUAUUUCUUCAUCUACCGAGCUUCGCGGCUCAAGGCCACUCGUAUCAUGUCUCAGACCCUGGAGAUUCACUACCACCCCAACAGCAAGCGGCAGAACCAUCUGCAGCUGGAGAACAAGGCCACGCGGACCAUUAGCAUUAUCAUUUCAGUCUUUGUGCUGUGCUGGCUGCCCUACUUUGUCCUGAAUGUCUGGCUCGCUGCCAGAGGCACCGACUCCACCAGCACGGUCCUGGUUGACACCUUCAAGAUCAUCACUUGGUUAGGGUAUUGCAACUCCACCAUCAACCCAAUGCUCUACGCUUUCCUGAACCGGGACUUCCAACGGGCCCUGAAGAAGCUGCUCAUUUGCAGGCACAGGUCUCAGGUGGACAUCGGAGAAGACAUGGUUUCCAUAGCCACGUUUUCCAAGACUGCUCCAGACCUAGAAUAUAGCAUUACAGUGCCAGUGCCUAAUGGUGCCCUAAAGGGCAAACCCAAAUAAUUGGGAUUCAGAAUCAGUUGCUGGAGGUGCUGGUACAGAAAGUGCCAGAGCACAUCCUAAUGGAAAAAUAAUGGGUAGGAAAAUAGGGGAAGGACGAGUUGGAAUAUUACAGCUGGGGGCAUAGGACAAAGAUGCAUUUCUUCUUCUUCCACGGUUUUACGGACAAGGAACUUUGAUAUUUUAGGGGCAAUUUGUUAUAACUAUUGGAGCUAAUUCCUUCCUGGGUAAUUAUUUUUUUAAUGAGCAUUUCCUAAGACAAAAUCAACCUUCAUGCUGGGGGGGG